GGAGCAGAGAGAUCCACAAGGAGGACUGUGGCAUCCCGGAACCUCUUCAGCCUCCCCUUCCACCCAGUCACCAUCCCCUCCUCGCCAAACCAACCAGGCUUUCAACUCCAUCUUCUCCGCUCCCUGUGCAACUGCUCGUCCUCCGUCUCGACUCGCUGUUGUUCUUCAUGGCGUCCAAACUGAACCCAAACGUCCUGUAUGUGGGCGGCGAGUCUCUGGGGUCGCCCCCAGGCGACUCAGAGAGGACUCAGAAUGCUGGAGAAACAGCUGAAGAGUCAUCAGACAGCGAUGGGGAGCAAGAAGAAACAUCAAACAAGUUGAUUCGCAAAGUGUCGACCUCGGGUCAGAUGAGAGCCAAGAAAAGUGUGAAGGAGGGAAUCCUGUUAAAACAGACCAGCUCUUUCCAGAGAUGGAAGAGGAGAUACUUCAAACUCAGAGGCAGGACCCUCUACUAUGCCAAAGACUGCAAGUCUCUGAUUUUUGACGAAGUGGACCUAUCAGAUGCCAGCGUGGCGGAGACGAGCACUAAGAACAUCAACAACAGCUUCACAGUCAUCACACCAUUUCGCAAACUAAUGCUUUGUGCUGAGAGCAGGAAGGAAAUGGAGGACUGGAUCACUGCCCUAAAAUCUGUCCAGAAAUGGGAAACUUAUGAAGCAAGUCAGUUCAACAUGGAGCAUUUCUCUGGGAUGCACAACUGGUACGCGUGCUCGCACGCCAGACCGACCUUCUGCAACGUCUGCAGAGAAGCACUGCCAGGCGUCACCUCCCACGGGCUGUCCUGUGAAGUGUGUAAGUUCAAGGCUCACAAGCGCUGUGCUGUUCGCUCCACCAACAACUGCAAAUGGACCACGCUGGCCUCCAUAGGAAAUGACAUCAUCGAGGAUGAGGACGGGGUUUCCAUGCCGCACCAGUGGCUGGAAGGCAACCUGCCGGUCAGUGCCAAGUGUGUGGUGUGUGACAGGAACUGCGGCAGCGUGCGGCGGCUGCAGGACUGGCGCUGCCUCUGGUGCAAGGCCAUCGUCCACGGCAGCUGUAAAGAACAAAUGGGGAAGGUGUGUCCUUUGGGUCAGUGUCGCGUCUCAAUCAUUCCUCCCACUGCACUUAACAGCAUCGACUCAGACGGUGGAGCAUCAUGACAUACGAGGUGCCCACCAGCAAUAAAAGCACGCCCAUCGUGAAGGAAGACGACAGCCACGAUUUUCCUCUCCAGGUCCACAUCACUCAGUAUGCAGACUCUGUAGCCUGUCACCUUGCCAAGAUCCUGGACUCGGACAAGCACAGUGACGUCAUCUCAUCUGCCAAGUUUCUGUGUGGGACCGUGAACGACUUUGUGGCGGAGGUGGGGAAGGCAUACGAGAGAGCCACGGAGAACAAGGAGGAGGCCGACGCCAUGGCCAAGAAGUGUGCUCUGCUGAAUGAGAAACUGGACUCCCUGGUCAAGGCCUUGAGUGAGGAGGCAGAGGCUCAGGUGGUACCAGCAGGUUCAUCUCCAAGCCAGGAGGGCUCGAGUCCCGGUGAAAGUGGUGGCGAGUCAGGGUCAGAAGGCAAACCGUAUCGAUCCAAGGAGCAGCUGAUGCUCAGGGCCAACAGCCUGAAGAAAGCUCUGAGGCAGAUCAUUGAACAGGCAGAGAAAGUGGUGGACGAGCAGAACCGACACACGCUGGUCCAGAGGAUGCCAUCAUCGUCCUCCAUUAAAAGGGAGAACAGUGAUGAGCUGAAGGAUGCAGAGCCACGUCCAGGAGGUCUGAGUCCCACGUCCCCCAUCGUCUUAGAGAAACCAGAGAGUCUUAACACUGUCUCUUUCAGCGAGGACUCAGUACAAUGUACAGAGAAGUGUGUGAUGAAUAACUACUUCGGCAUCGGCCUGGACGCAAAAAUCUCCCUCGAGUUCAAUAACAAGAGAGAUGAGCACCCCAAGAAGUGCAGCAGUCGCACUAAGAACAUGAUGUGGUACGGGGUUCUGGGGACUAAAGAACUGGUCCAGAAGACGUACAAGAACCUGGAGCAAAGAGUUCAGCUGGAGUGUGACGGGGUUUCCAUUUCCCUGCCGAGCCUGCAGGGGCUGGCUGUUCUCAACAUCCCAAGCUAUGCUGGCGGGAUCAACUUCUGGGGCGGCACCAAGGAGGACAAUAACUUUGGCGCUCCGUCGUUUGACGAUAAGAAGCUGGAGGUGGUGGCAGUGUUUGGCAGUAUGCAGAUGGCCAUGUCUAGAGUCAUCAACCUGCAGCACCACCGCAUCGCACAGUGCCGGCAGGUGAAGAUCACCAUCCUGGGGGACGAGGGGGUUCCUGUGCAGGUGGACGGAGAAGCCUGGAUCCAACCUCCUGGAAUCGUCAAGAUCGUCCACAAGAACCGGGCUCAGAUGCUCACCAGAGACCGGGCGUUCGAGAGCACGCUGAAGUCGUGGGAGGACAAAAGAAAGAUCGACACGUACCGUGCUGCCAGGCCCCGCCUGAACUCCCAGCAGUCCAUGGAGUACCUGACGGAGGAGGAGUGCGCUCAGGUGCAGCAGCUGGGAAUCGUGGCCGACACGCUCAUCAACAAAAUCCGUGAGGCAGCAAAGACCCACAAGUUGGUGGAGCAGGAGCUGGCUCACGCCGUCAACGCCACCGCCCUGGUGCUGACGGAGGCCAAAGUGUCCAGCAUGGAGUGUCUGAGUCGCAGCACGGCUGUGGAGAUCGUCAACAGCAGUAAAGUCCUGCAGGCUGAGACCCAGAUGCUGCUGGACGGAAAACUACUGUCGGACUCUCCGGAGGAAGAGGAGCUGCGCCUGACCCUGAACAGCCUGAGCGCCGAGCUCAACAAGCUGGACGACAUCCACUGGAUCUGUCCGCUCAUGCAGUGUUCUGAAGAGGACUCGGUGAGGAGCAGCAGUAAAAGCAGCAGCAGCAUGAAGCUGAAGAUUAUUCCCAAAACUAGGAAGGAGAAAGAGAAGCUCCACAAACAGAAGUCCAACAGCUCUCUGUCAGACACUGUUGGAGAGAGCCGAGCCUCCAGAGCCAGCACAAAACCACACAAUGAUCCAGAUCAAGUCCAAAUAAUCCAGAAGAACUCGAUGAAAAAAGUCCGGGUGAGCUCCGGCAAAGACACCGGACCAAGCAAGGCCUCCCCGCUCGAGAGGCCUCAUGGGCCGGCAAGCAGCACUCAGAUUGAUAAAUGA